AUUCGCUUUAAUCCCUCAAGCAGGCGCAGCAUCAAACUUCAAGUAGCUUUCAGAAUGACACAAAACCCAGCUGUGCAGAAGAAAAUUUCAGUGCUGAACCAACACAAUGAGAAACUAGCCGGAGUGUUGCAUGAUACUGGAUCUAUGGAGAUCGUGGUCUUGUGUCAUGGAUUUAGAUCGUCAAAGAUCUAGUUGAUCAAUGCCCUUGGCUAGGCACAUUGGGUUAUACCACUCAAGCACCAGAAUUUGGCUAGUGCUCAACCUCAUGAAGAUUGAGCAGCAUCGGGUCAUACAAGUACAAAUAUGAGCAGCAUCUAGUAAUACAAGUACAAGUUUGAGACUAUUUGUGUCAAUAUAAUGACUUCAACACUAUGGUGAACCUUGCUGUUGCCCUGGAGAAAGAAGGAAUCAGUGUAUUUCGCUUUGAUUUCCCUGGAAAUGGUGAAAGUGAAGGUUCAUUUCAGUAUGGUAACUACUGUAGAGAGGCGGAUGACUUGCAUUCUGUGGUUGAAUAUUUCAAAGGAGCAAACCGCAAAGUAACAGCAGUCCUUGGACAUAGUAAAGGAGGGGAUGUUGUGCUUCUAUAUGCUUCUAAGUAUCAUGAUGUUCACACAGUCAUCAAUUUGUCAGGCCGUUAUAAUCUUGAGAAAGGCAUAGCAGAGCGCUUGGGGAAGGACUUUCUGGAAAUAAUCAAGAAGGAAAGCUUCAUUGAUGUUAAAAAUAGAGCAGGAAAUGUUGAUUACCGUGUUACCGAGGAAAGUUUAAUGGAUCGACUUAAUACAAACAUGCAUGAUGCAUGCCUUCAAAUUGACAAAGGAUGCAGGGUAUUGACAGUUCAUGGGUCUGCGGAUGAAAUUAUUCCAGUGGAGGAUGCGUUAGAGUUUGAUGAAAUCAUACCGAACCACAAAUUGCAUAUCAUCGAAGGAGCCAAUCAUUGCUAUACAUCACACCAAGCUGAGUUAAUGCCUGUGAUCUUGCCAUUCAUAAAGGAAGGUCUGCAACACUGAGAAACAGAACUAAGACACCAGAUAGGUGCUUUGGAAUGCUACUAUUGUUGAAAUUCUGGGUUUAGGUGACCAUGGGAACAGUCUGUUACAAUCUAACUUGUGCAAAUGAAACUACAGGCAGGGUUUUUGCUGAAUUUGUCUGUGUAAUUCAGAAUUUGUUUCGCCUCACUACCAGGGGAUUGAUUCUUCAUACUAGAUGUUGAACUUCAGUAUGAGAUGAACAUCUGUUGCACUUCAAUGACAUUUGGAUUUGUAUCUUGAGCUUGUAAAAUAAAGCAUUGCAGAACUGCAGACCCCCACAUUUUACCUUAUCUAUGUUCACUAUUUCUCAUGUAUAACAAUACUACUUGUUUCACUUUUUA